GUUGAAAGCCCAGAUCGUAAUCGUGAUUAAAAUUCGAUUAAUUGAGCAGCCCUACCGUAGGGUAAUAAGACCGUUGACCGUAAACUCCUGAAAAGAAAAUUCUAUAAUUUAAGAUACUCCUUGAAUUUCAUGGCUGUACAAACAUUGUUGUCCAUCAGCAACACCAUGCUAGCAUGUUAGGUUUUAAUUUGCUUAAUUUUUUUUUUAAUGCAGGUCACAAAGCUUUGUUUAUGCUCGCUGUUGUUAAAUUUGUGGUUAAGCUUUGGUGCAAUGUUUUAUGGUUGCCAUGUGCAUAUGGAAAAUGGAUGAGCUGGAGGUAUGGGUCUGUGUGCACGUUCAGCUCUGCAGGUAUAAUGGCGCUUAUUUUCAGUUAGCACAGGAUGCACUGGUUCUGCUUCCCAUUUGGCACAGAACUCAAAAGUAUUACUGCAGCAGUUUGGAAAAAAAAAGACUUUUUGCAGAUAAUUUUGGCAAAAUUUGGUUUAUGCUUGAACACCUAUAUUUCAAAGAUGCAAGUCAAGCGUGCCUCAAGCUUGAGUGUGAAAUUUUAUGGUGGUGUGGAUUUUUUUUGUUGUUUUUUGGGGGGUUUAUUUGUUUUUUUUUUGUUUUGUUUUUUUGCACAAUGAACAAAGUAACAAGCACAAUCACAGCUUCAGCCCAUAAAAUGUGUUAGCCCAAAUAAAAGUGAGAUAGUCAUGCAUUAGGGGAUUCGACAGUGUUGCCUUUUAGUAAAUGGCCUCAAUGUUGCUAGACUGGCAGCUGUUUUAAAGCUGUUUUUCACAAUUAAUCAUCACUAAAGGUAUUUGAUCAGUCCAGUUUAACCUGAAGAGGAUUUUUAAAGGCUUAAGACUUUCAUGGAAAUAAUUAAUUUACCAUGUUAAGUGAAAAGUUGGAAAAUUGCCUGCCACAUAAAAUAAGCCGUGGUAGUGGUGGGGAAAUUACGCCAAGGCAGUGUUACUUUAUGCCAUUUCUAAAGCUAGCUGCCCUCAUUGCACUGUGGUGCAAUGUUUAAUUUAAGCCUUUAACAAUUUAAGAAAUUAUUCAAGAUAGAGCUGAAGGAUUUAGGCAAAACUAUUUUUUUUAUUAAACGGAUACUACAAUUUCAAAAUUUCACUUUCUAAAGUCAGCCUUGGUUUCAGUACUUGCAAACUAAUAGAUUUUAAAUGUGAAACUUGAUGAGAAGUUAUAUGUUAUCAUAACAUAUCUUCAUAUCUAUUACUUUAAUUUCUAAAGCAAGGACACAGUCAGUUAAUUAAGAAAGCACUAAUAGUAAAACAAAAAUAUGCUAAUUUGGUAGUUGCUUUACUUGGUUUCACAAUGCUGUGUACCUUGUUAAGCCAGAGUUAUUUAGGUGACAAGAUUGCCCUAUUUUUCUUUUUUUUUUUUCUUUUAUGGAUGUGUGUUUUUUAGUGUUUGUGGGCAGCAUGCAAAUGUGUGGUCAUACAGUUGGCGGUAUAUGUGCAGAUAUGCCACUCCCUACCCCUGCUGUUCCCCUGCUUGGAACACCAAUCGCCAGCAUGCUCAUGAUACGUGUUUUUAAGGGAGAGGGAGAGAGAGACUAAGGGAGAGUAAGAGAAUGAGAAAGUCAGCGGAUGAAGUGGGAGCAAAGACCAGCGCUUGACAGCAGCUGAAAGAUCAAGUUGUGUUAUUCUUCAGAAUAGCUUCUAGAGAACCAAAGAAGCAGACAAAACCAUCCAGCUGUCACCAAAAUAGGUUGUCGGUUGCAUGUAUCCAAGUCCAUCUGCAUCUUUGUGUAUUCCUGAUUAUCUUUCUUCCAUGGAUAUUGCUCAUUAACCCUUGCUACGGGAGAUGGACGUAGUAAGGCACCAAAAGGGUCACAUCACCAUGCUUGGUACGGAUUUAAAGCUGCCGUUGGUCUGCUCUACACGUCAGAGCUUACAGUUUUUGCCUGGCCAGCAGCGCUGUCGGUGGAGUGGGUGCACCUUGUGAGAACACGGGACACAGGAGGGAGAUGCAGCAGAGGGUAAACUCGGUGUGGUACCAUGGCAAGCUAGACCGAACCAUUGCAGAGGAGCGCCUGCGCCAGGCCCGAAAUCCUGGCAGCUACCUCAUCAGGGAGAGCGACCGCCGGCCCGGUUCCUUUGUCCUGUCUUUCCUCAGUAUGACCAAUGUGGUCAACCACUUCAGGAUAAUCGCCAUGUGUGGGGACUAUUACAUUGGUGGGCGGCGGUUCUCGUCCUUAUCAGACCUGAUUGGUUACUACAGCUAUGUGUCUUGCCUUCUAAAAGGAGAGAAACUGCUAUCACCAGUGGCCCCUCCAGAGCCUGUAGAAGACAGGAGGAGAGUCAGGGCCAUACUUCCAUACACCAAAGUGCCAGAUACUGAUGAGAUCAGCUUCCUUAAAGGGGACAUGUUUAUUGUUCACAAUGAACUGGAAGAUGGCUGGAUGUGGGUGAGCAAUGUUCGCACAGAGGAGCAGGGACUCAUUGUGGAGGAUUUGGUGGAGGAGGUGGGCCGUGAGGAGGAUCCACAUGAGGGAAAAGUCUGGUAUCACGGAAAGAUCACCAAGCAAGAGGCCUACAACCUUCUGAUGACAGUUGGUCAAGUGUGCGGUUUUCUAGUCCGGCCUUCAGACAACACACCUGGCGACUAUUCCCUCUUUUUUCGCACCAAUGAAAACAUCCAAAGGUUUAAAAUCUCCCCCACACCUAACAAUCAAUACGUGAUGGGGGGGAGGUACUAUAACAGUGUUGAUGACAUCAUCGACCAUUACAAGAAAGAACAGAUUGUUGAGGGUUACAACUUAAAAGAAGCUGUUUCAGUUCAGCACCAGGAACAGGUUCUGACUGACGUAGUGGAUGGGAGAGAAAUUUAUAACACUAUCAGACGGAAAACAAAAGAUGCUUUUUACAAAAACAUUGUCAAAAAAGGCUACCUCCUGAUCAAUAAAGGCAAAGGCAAACGGUGGAAGAACCUUUACUUUAUCCUGGAGGGUAAUGACGCACAGCUCAUCUAUUUUGAAAACGAGAAAAGAGCCACGAAACCCAAAGGGCUGAUCGACUUAAGCGUGUGCUCCGUCUACGGCGUGCACGACAGUCUGUUUGGCAGGCCAAACUGUUUCCAGAUUGUUGUCCAGCACUUUAGCGAGGAACAGUACAUAUUCUACUUUGCAGGAGAGGCUACAGAGCAGGCACAGGAUUGGAUGAAAUGCCUUCAAACCUUCUGUAAUAACCUAAGGAAAACCACUCAGCCCACCUCCAACAAGAGGCUUAGACAGGUGAGCAGCCUGGUGCUGUACGUGGAGGAGGCGCACAAGUUGCCAGCGAAGUAUUUCACCAACCCCUACUGUAACAUCUACCUGAACAGUGUCCAGGUUGCUAAGACGCACCCGCGGGAGGGGCAGAACCCCGUCUUCACUGAGGAAUUCAUCUUUGAUGACUUGUCCAGUGAAAUUAACAGAUUUGAAAUCAGCUUGAGUAACAAAACGAAAAAGAGUAAAGAAAAUGACAUCUUGUUCAUGCGCUGCCAGCUAAACCGGCUGCAAAAAGGCCAGAUGAUUGACGAGUGGUUCCCUCUCAGCUCCUACGUUCCUCUGAAGGGCAUUGAGCCGGGCUCCUUACGCGUACGUGCCCGCUACUCCGUGGAGAAGAUCAUGCCCGAAGAGGAGUACAACGAAUUCAAGGAGAUAAUCUUGCAGAAGGAGUUUUAUGUCGUCUAUGCUUUGGCACAUGUGUGUGGUCAGGACCGCUCCUUACUGGCAAGUCUCCUCCUGCGGAUCUUCAGGCACGAGAAGACUGAAGCCCCGCUACUCAGGACACUCAAUGACAGAGAGAUUAGCAUGGAGGAUGAGGCCACAACAUUGUUCAGAGCGACUACACUGGCCAGCACACUGAUGGAGCAGUACAUGAAGGCCACAGCAACACCCUUCGUCCACCACGCGCUCAAAGACACCAUCCUCAAAAUCAUGGAGAGCAAACAGUCCUGCGAGUUAAACCCUUCAAAACUGGAAAAGAAUGAAGAUGUGAAUAUGAAUCUGGGGCAUCUCCUCAACAUACUGUCUGAGCUGGUGGAGAAGAUUUUCAUGGCUGCUGAGAUCCUUCCACCUACUUUGAGGUACAUCUACGGCUGUCUGCAGAAGUCUGUGCAACAGAAGUGGCCCACCAACACCACCAUGCGAACGAGAGUUGUAAGUGGCUUUGUCUUUCUAAGACUGAUCUGCCCCGCCAUCCUCAAUCCCAGAAUGUUCAACAUCAUUUCUGAUCCUCCAUCUUCAACAGCAGGCAGGACCCUCACACUGGUGGCGAAGUCUGUCCAGAAUCUGGCUAACCUGGUUGAAUUUGGUGCUAAGGAACCCUACAUGGAGGGUGUAAACCCUUUCAUCAAAAACAACAAACACAGGAUGAUCAUGUUUCUGGACGAGUUGGGGAAUGUGCCUGACCUCCCUGAAGCCACGGAGCACUUUAGGACGGACCUGUCCCGGGACCUGGCCGCGCUGCACGAGAUCUGUGCCACACACUCAGACGAGCUCCGGACGCUGAGCAACGAGAGGGGCUCAGGACAGCAUGUAUUGAAAAAGAUGCUGGCCAUCACAGAGCUCCUCCAGCAGAAGCAGGCUCAGUAUGCCAUGUCCAACAGCAACAGGACAGAGUGCACCAUCAUGUCACUCGCUGCUGCCAUCCAGGUAAUGUGAGUUUUCAUACGAUUUUUCACCUGAGAAUCAAAAGUGUGGCGGUCGGGCCGCACAGCCAGCCAAAGCGAGGCCUCAUCAUCCCGUGAGGUGUAGAACCGAAGACUGGAGCGAGUUUGUACUUUCCAAGCAUGUGGCCUAGAUUCCUGGCGGUAUAAAUGCAAUACGGCUGUUCUCCAUGGGAAACCCACUUGCUGCGUUUCUGAAUGCUGUCCUUCCAAAGCCCUUCUCGAAAUGCUUCAAACGAUGACGCCGUGUUUAAAGAUGGGCAAAAAGCCUCAAAGAUUUCUGUGAAGAUCUGAGAGACUUUACUGCAGACUUUUUUUUUUUUAAUCCUUGCUAUUCCUGCCACUCCCUCAAAAAUAAAAUAAAAAAAUAAAAAACCUGAGCAGUUACAGUUGGUAACUGACAUAGAACCAGACAAAUAGGGGGUUUGGUAGGGAGGCUACCUGAUGGGCCAACUUCUGUCUCGUGAUGACACAGGAGAAAGGAAAUCCAAAGCAUUGAAGUAGCGUUUUUUUUCUGCCAUCAUCAGGGAAUUCAAACAUAGCACCUCUUGCCAAGACAACACGAGCCUUAACGCCCUUUCUACUCACUGUCCUCUCACCCACGUCGCCUGAUUUUUUUACAAUAAGCUCUUCCUUUAAACCAUUGACGACUUCCAGUCUGUGUGUGAACUUUGACGCAGCAACGGGAGUCGCUUGUUACUUCUUUUUUUGGCUGUUUUUUUUAAAUAUGCUGCUUUGUUUAUUGAUGUUAUAUACUUAGGCUUGUAUAGAGAAACUGUGUUUGUGUACGAUUACAGCUGAAAGGUAGUCAUAGGAGUUUGUAGGAGAUACCUGUAACCCAUCCUGUGCAUGUGUAAUCCUGACGGAUCCUGUUAUUGUGUGUGGGCCUACAUAUAUGCUGCUCUAACGACUUUCACCGGAACUCCCCUUUAUACCUUUUUGGACGUUUUAAAAAAAAUACAAAAAAAAAGAAAAAAGAAAAUCUUUCACACGUUGCAGUCUCUCUCUCUCUCGCUUUCCCCUCCACCAACAGGUGGCGUUUCAGUACAUAGAUCCACCCGGAGAAGUCAUGCCACGCACAGAUUUACCAACUUCAACGUCGUAACGGUUGGCCCCGUGUGCCUCGUCGUGAUUCGAGCAGCUGCAAAAGUCUGAAUCUGUGCCUGUCAUAGCGCAAAAGUUUACCAUAGUUUACUGUAGUUGCACUUAAGAUACCACGGACCUCACCGAGUGUUAGCAGACAUCUGGCGACAGAUAAGUGACAAUGUCUCCUAACAUCGCCCAGAACAACAAAAAAAACAAACAAAACUCCUCAUCAGCUAUACCAAUAUCAGCUGUGCUACAUGGUAUAGAUGAUGUACUUUCUGUAUUUCAUACAGCUGAUGAUAAUGAUGUGUAAUCCUUUUUAUUUUUCUACCUGAUUACUGAACCUUGAACCUUUUGCAUCUUAGAUACGACAACCUGGCUAAAAUAAAACAAUAUAUACCUGGA